AUGUUUUUGAGACCAAGGUGCUUCUUUCGUACGGCGAGGGUCACUCCAGUUCGGUUUGUCGCUUCCAAAGCUAUCGAGAAAGAUGUGAUUGCCAGGUAUAAAGAGAAACUGGAUCGAAAGGCUAGGGAACUCGGUGCUGCGGACGCAGAACAGCUGAAAGAGAAAUUGAAGGACGAGAUCGAGAAGAAAAAGCUUGAGAUGAAUAAAAUAGACCCACUUAAGGAACUAGAGACGUUUGAGAAAGCACAGCAAAACACAGUGCGAAAAAAAGCUAAGGAAAGGUCCCCCAUAGACCCAUCAACUCCAAAAGACCCAUAUAAAACUUUGAAUUCAUACCUGGAUCUGCAGAAGAUCAAGGGUCUCGAGGCCAACGAAAUUGAGUUUCUUUGGAGAUUGAGAUUCCAAAAAGGUGAAAAUACCUUGAGUGCUGUUGUUCCAACCAGCACCUUCGAGAGACUGUUUAACAAUGCCAUCAAAAAUCCAACAUUUGUCCUUCCGUUGCCCCGCGAAGAUGCCCAGGUUGAAGGCGAAGGUAAGGGGGAUCCGGUUGAAAUUCACUUCGUACAAUGGAACUUUGUUGGACCUAAUACCACGCAUGUCUUAAUCACGUCUCUAGCUGAGUACAAAUUACAUAAGGAGUACGCUAGACCUCACACAACGGUGAUGUUUCACCAAGAACUGAAAGAGGACAAGGGAAUUGUUAUGAUGAACGGACAAGUCGAGAAAGACGCUUCGGUCACUUUGCAAGAAGCUCAAUUACUUUUGCUAAAUGUGCAAAGAUUCUAUGGUGGGCUCGCCGAGACAACCUCCGAAAGCAACCAGAAGAGAUUGGAAUUGCUGAGAAGAUUCAACUCCGGGGAUCCCGCAUUCAGCAUGGAAGAACUGAUAGAGCUAGCCCAAAGGAUGGAAAAUUAA